CGGCGGCGACCGUGGUGGCGGCGGCGGCUGCUGCUGGUGGUGGUGGCGGCUGCGGCGGCUACGGCGGCGGCGGCAGCGGUGGCGGCUGCUUCGGCCAGGAUUCCCGGCCCCACCCCCGCCAUUUCGGACUGGCGCGGGCCCUGAGGACUGCGGCGGGCGCCUGAGGCUCGGCGGCUCCCAGGUGCGGGGGAGAGAGAGAGGCCUGCUGAAAAUGACGGAAUAUAAACUUGUGGUAGUUGGAGCUGGUGGCGUAGGCAAGAGUGCCUUGACGAUACAGCUGAUUCAGAACCACUUUGUGGACGAAUAUGACCCUACGAUAGAGGAUUCCUACAGGAAACAAGUAGUAAUUGAUGGAGAAACCUGUCUCUUGGAUAUUCUCGACACAGCAGGUCAAGAGGAGUACAGUGCGAUGAGGGACCAGUACAUGAGAACUGGGGAGGGCUUUCUUUGUGUAUUUGCCAUAAAUAAUACUAAAUCAUUUGAAGAUAUUCACCAUUAUAGAGAACAAAUUAAAAGAGUUAAAGACUCUGAAGAUGUACCUAUGGUCCUAGUAGGAAAUAAAUGUGAUUUGCCUUCUAGAACAGUAGACACAAAGCAGGCUCAGGACUUAGCAAGAAGUUAUGGGAUUCCUUUUAUCGAAACAUCUGCAAAGACAAGACAGAGAGUGGAGGAUGCUUUUUAUACAUUGGUGAGAGAGAUCCGACAAUACAGAUUGAAAAAAAUCAGCAAAGAAGAAAAGACUCCUGGCUGUGUGAAAAUUAAAAAAUGCAUUAUAAUGGGUGUUGACGAUGCCUUCUAUACAUUAGUUCGAGAAAUUCGAAAACAUAAAGAAAAGAUGAGCAAAGAUGGUAAAAAGAAGAAAAAGAAGUCAAAGACAAAGUGUAUAAUUAUGUAAAUAAAAUUUGUACUUUUUUCUUAAGGCAUACUUAAGUAAAAGUGGUAAUUUUUGUACAUUACACUAAAUUAUUAGCAUUUGUUUUAGCAUUACUUAAUUUUUUUCUGCUCCAUGCAAACUGUUAGCUUUUAUCCUAAAUGCUUAUUUUUAAAUGACAGUGGAAGCUUUUUUUUUUUUUCCUCUAAGUGCCAGUAUUCCCUGAUUUUAGUUUAUGAACUAGCAAUGCCUGUGAAACAAAAGCUGAGUUCCUGGGACGCCUGCCGUCCCGGGCUGCGUGGUGCAUGCCGCUGACCCCUUCCUGUUUCCUUAUCAGUUGUGAACAUUGGUGUGAAACAACCUAAAGAAGCUUUGACGUCAUCCCUGUUUUAUGUUUUAUCUAGUCACAUACAUGGGUUAAUUAGUGACUAACUUCAGUUUAGAGUUCUGGCCAUUUUCCUGAGACGCUGAGGGAACACGCAUGUCUGGACUUUGUAUUGAUUUGUCUUCUGAGCAUCAUGUCCUCCCGUUUGCCAUCCUCACGAGUGCGAAGUGACAUUGUUAGCAAAAGUUUCCUUUCCCACUACUAGUCAUGGUCUCUCUCCUCCAAAUACUAUAUUUUUUUUAUAAAAAGGAAGAAAAGGAAAAAAAAAUACAAAACAAUGGAAUAAUUAAGGCCAUUGACUAUCCACAUUAGGUAAAUUAUUCAGAUUCCUAAUGGCUUUUCCUGUUAAGGCAAGCCAAGUAUGAAAUGGGGAUUAUAGUAACUAAUUAGGGGCUGUAUUUACAUGCUAUUAAAGUUUUAUAAUAGCGGAAAAACUUUUAAAAUGUAUAAAAAAUUCUCAUAGGAAUUAAAUAUAAUCUCCUUGGGUCAGAUUGCUCUUUCUCAGCAUAAAUUUGCGUCUUUUCUUGGACUUACUAGUCUUUGGAAGUGAUUACUAGGGUUCUUUAUGGCUAAGUGGGUGGUGAUGAGACUCAGGUUGGAAGGCCAGGCCCUGUGUGAACCUGGAGGUGUCACCCAGGCCUCCGGAGCACUGGAGCACCGAGUGACCCAGGGCUGCUUGGCGCGGGUGGCUCACCAUGGGGCCCGGAGAGUGUCUGAAUAGCUCAGCUCGACAGGAUGCAUUUGUAGCAUGUGGUGGUUCCACGGACGAGUCAAAAGCAUCGUUUCUUUUUUGUAAACUUUUUAAGAAAUUUAAGUAUUGACUUGAAAGUUCAGAUUUUGAGGUUGGAUGUGUCAACAAAUUUCUUUUUAAACAUUGAAGCAAAAGUUUCAGAAAUGUCUAGUUUGGUUAAUUCUUUUAAUACUGGUUAAAGUAGUGCAUCAUGAGCACUUUCCAUGCUUGAUGCAAAUUUUGAAUAGCUAUUACUAAAAGAACAGAUGUAUAAGCGUUACUGAAAAGUCCUUGCAAUGCAUCUAAAGUGUUAUUGAAAGUGUUUGAGGCGAGAUGGCAUAGGGAGAUGAAAAUAGCAGCCUAGGAGGAAGGGGACUCAGGGGUUAGGUGUGCUUCCUGCGCAAAUCCAGAUUUUGAACUAAUCACUUGUUGUCCAUGUCUCCAUGUUAAAAGAAGUCAUCUCAAAGCUCCCUGUAACUCCACAGCCGUGUGGUUUACGUUAAGCUUACGUAAGCCUACACCUGUUUGUCCCGCUUUGCACAAUCUCCAACUUGUUUUUACCUGUGUUACCAUCUUCAUUGCCAGUCUUGGGCAAAAUUGUGCACAGGGUGAAGUUUAUAUUUGUGUUUAUAUUCAUUCUCCAGUUUCAGGACUCCCCUCCCAUGCCGUUGUACCUGCCCAUCCUUCCACAAGAUGACACGAUGCACCUUUCUUUCAAUCCUCCCAUUCUCCUGAUUCCCUGUGUUUUUGCUGCUAUGGAUGUCUCCAUGAUGUUUUCCCAGUAGGUCACGUUCAGAAUGCCCCACAUCUUAUUUCCUCAGGGCUCUGACUAAUCUGACAGAUACAGUGAUGGAAUGUGACCUGCGAGGUGGGUGAUACCAGUAGCAGUUUAAUCAAGAGCCUUGACCAUCAUCUCUUUGUAGCCCAGUAAGGAGGAAUUUCCAAACCAGCCGAAGUCUGAACAGACAGUGCUGUCCAGUGGAAGGAGAACUUAAUAAAGGUAGUGCUGCAGUCUGCAGCCAGGGCGAGCCUUGCUGCCAGUCGUACAUUCCAUUACAAUGAAAAGUACUUUGGGAUUUAAUGCACGUUGCUGUUUAUGAGAACUCAUUUAUUCUGUGAAUACAGUGAGUGUCUAUCCGAUGGCAGCUAGCGUACAGACAACAAUGAUGAGGUGUAAGCAUCCUCCAGGAGGGACAUCCUGUCCACUGCUCAGCCGUGCUGCCGUGCUCCCAAAGGCCGUGUCAGGCCCCGCACAGGACCUGCAGGUAACCAGUGUGGAGCUCCGCUCCUCAGAGAGGGCUUCUCCCAGUUCUAAAAUAAUUGUUUUGCUAUGAUUCCAUUGUGACUGAUCAAGUUACUUCAUAUAUAGAUCACUUUACAUUGUUUCAAAGGGUAAACUUUGAUCUUUAUUUGGCAUAACUGAUUUAUUGAGACAAUUAUAGUAUUACAUUCUGUCAUACUAAUAUUAAAAUUCAAAAGUGUGUAAUGUUCUUUGUAGUUAAAAUAGACUUUUAAAAAUUAAAGAUUGACUUCUAAAAGUUUUAUCUGGUCAGUUCACAGAAAAGGAAACUUUUGUGUAAAAAUACAAUUUCUGAAGUGCAGUGCUAAAGUACAGAGUUUGGGAGUAUUGUCUAGGCAGAGUUCUGUGACUGAACAAGUACCUCUUAAAUCUACAGACACAUGACCACACUUAGCAACUGUAGGGCAUGACAGAGGGGGCAGUAAAUUUAAAACUCCUGAGUUUGAUAUAGCUGGGCACAUUUUUUUAAGGUAGUGGUAAUAAUCUUUUGUUAGGUAAAUUUUGAAUAGCUUAACAAAAGGUUUUCUUAAAGAUUUCAGAGAGGGUGAAAAUUCUAGGAAUUAAUGUAAAUGUUACUUAAUUAUAAUAGCUUUAAAGAUAAAUCCUUGUUGGAAAAAGUGCUAAAUUACAUAGUCUUAGUAUUAAUAUGUUUGUGGAGGAACUUAGCUGACAUGUAGCGUAAUUUGGGUGGAAUAUUCCCCAUUAGGGAUUCUAAGCUCUGUGUUAACUGAGUCACACUGCAUAGGAAUUUAGACUCUAACUCUUGAGUUGUUAAAACUUUUGCCACGAGUGCACAAUUUUGUCCUAAAAUAUUUGUGUGUAUAAACUUUCUAAGGCAUGUUUAAGUUAUCAUUUGCACAAAUUCAUCUCAUUUGUAUUCCAGUGACUUUCUCUUUUUUCCCUGGUAACCAUUUUUCCCCUGAAAGAAUACAUAUACACCUAAGGAUUUUUUUUUUUUUUGAGACAAUAAGAACUGUCUGAAAUAAUUCCCAUUUUGUCAUAUAAUAAUUUCUUGGUCAUUACUUUGCAGUGUUUCUUAAAAUCAAACAAUUGAUUUAAAACUGAAUUUACAUUUAGUGAUUUUCUGGCUACUAUUGGGUAGCAUGAAUCCUGCAUUGAGAAACUGGACAAUAAACAACUGGCAACUGUAAAUCUGUCAGAAAGUGGAUAUUAUUUCUUAGAAGAUAUAUUCAUGCUAGUUUUUGAGGCAUAAUAACUAGAUUAAGAUUCGUGUUUUAGUUAAAUAGUUUGCAGUACCUGUUUGGGAUGAUGAUAGGCAAUUUAGAAGGACUUUAUAAAAACAAAAGUUCCAACCUGCAGAAACAGCGAUCCCAGAGGGCCCACCACCCCCAGAGCUGACCGGUUACGUGACGUUCAUCACAAGUUUCCAGGUCCACUGUCUUGUGUUUUCAUGUUGAAAAUACUUUUGCAUUUUUCCUUUGCGUGCCAAUUUCUUACUAGUACUAUUUCUUAAUGUCACAUGUUUACCUGGAAUGUAUUUUAACUAUUUUUGUAUAGUGUAAACUGAAACAUGCACAUUUUGUACAUUGUGCUUUUUUUUUUUUGUGGGACAUAUGCAGUGUGAUCCAGUCAUUUUCCAUCCUUUGGUUGCGCUGACCUAGGAAUGUUGGUCAUAUCAAACAUCAAAUUUUAAAAUGACCACUCUUUUAAUUAAAAUUAACUUUUAAAUGUUUAUAGGAGUAUGUGCUGUGAAGUGAUCUGAAAUUUGUAAUAUUUUUGUCAUGAACUGUACUGCUCCUAAUUAUUGUAAUGUAAUAAAAAUAGUUAUGGUGACUA